AUGACUCUGGGUACGGGGCUGUAUAUCAAUCUGGAAAUUGACACACCAAUCUCAGUUGUUGUUGUGUGCGAGGUUGUUGGUCUGAUCGGGGUGGUACUUCUGUUCCAAACACCCAUGAUUGCCAUCCAAAGCCAGGCUGGCACUGCUAAGGCCACGUCAACACUUGGCUCCAUUCGCAAUGUAUCAACGGCAUUGUCAAUUGUUCUUGGUGGCGCGGUACUUCAGAACAGCAUGGCCUCUCGCCAGUCGCACCUUGCUGCUGGUGGUCUUGGCGAGUCUGUCACUGACGCACUAUCCGGAGACAAGGCGGCGGCAAAUGUACGCAGUGUGAAGUCCAUCCAGAACUCGGUACAGAGAAGGGUGGUACAGGGAGUACUCCCAUGGAGCAUACGGAACAUGUUCAUCAUGUGUACUUGUCUGGCAGCCCUUGCUGUACUCGGUGGUGUGUUUGUGAAGCACACGCCUCUGAGCGAAUAG